AUGGCCUUGGCUGCUUCAUAUGGCGGCUCUCCACUGUCACAAAUUCUUAUUAGAAGGAGCACAGGCUUACUCCCCAAGCCGAUGCAAACAUGGCCCUUCCGCAACCUCAUCUCAGCAUCAUUCGCAAUACCCGCAAUCACGACGAACAUCCCUGGGCUCAUUGCAGACAUCUGGGAAGGGAUAUUGAGGGCAGUUCCUAAGAAAAAGACGUCACAUAUGAAAAAGAGACAUCGACAAUUGGCUGGGAAAGCUCUGAAGGAUUCGAAACAAUAUCUCGCCCUUCAUUCGAUCGAUGAAGCCCAUACCACAGACAUUUUUGCCCUCGCUGUAACUCAAACUCAAAUCCUUACGGGCUCGGGCGAGUCCUCGAUCAAAAUCCACUCUGCAAAUGAAGAAGGCUUUCCCAUUGCUCAGAUCCUCAAAGAUGCCCAUAAGCUCGGAUGCCACCACAUUAGCACAGACCGCGAAACUGGCACAAGGGCCGUGAGCGUUGGCUUUGGCGGUGAGGUCAGAAUAUGGAAAUACGAGGAGGGAAAGUGGAAGGACGACGGGGAGAUCGAUGUCGGUCCAAAGAAGAAAGCAGGAGAGAUUUGGGCUGUAUGCUUGACUCCCGACGGAAAGUUCGUGGCUGGCACAACUUACGACGGACGAGUGAGUGUAUGGGAUCUGGCAAAUGGCGCGAGCCGCGAGAAGAUCAGGGAAUUCGAGACGAAAGGAAGUUUCGGGAUGUCUGUGGACAUGUCACCAGACGGCCGAUUCAUAGCCAGCGGCCACGAGUCUGGAGCCAUCUAUCUGUUCUCUACGGCUACAUCCCGCCUGCUGCACUCGCUUCCCGGACUCAUCAAACCCGUCCGCGCCGUCAGAUUUUCUCCUGGCUCGACUCUCCUUGCAGCAGCUGGCGACGCACGAAUCAUCUCGCUCUAUGAUCCUACAUCAGGUGAACAGAUAGCCAAUCUCAGUGGGCAUGCAGCUUGGAUCACAGAUCUUGAUUGGAACCACAACGGCCAGUAUGUCCUAAGUGGAAGUUUGGACGGGAAGGUCAAGGUCUGGGAUAUCGAGCGAAGAGUCUGUGUUGCGACGCACGGCGAGAGUGAAAAGGGCCUGUGGUGUGUCAAGUGGCAACCUAAGGGCGAGACCAGUGUUGAGAGACAAAAGGCCGAGAGAUUUAUUACUGUUGGAAGCAACAAGGCCAUCGCCAUCUACCGGGAAGCUACAGGUGGUUGA